CAAACACAGGUGCUGAUGAGCACCAUGCUAUAAAGGGCAGCUCCUCUCCUCUCCCGUCCCUGAACUGCGACGAGCGGCUGUUCCUCACCAUCUCCGGAGCACAGGAGCCAGGAGGAUGGCGGCCGCGGCCAGACUCGCCCUGCUGCUGCUGGGCUGCGUGGGGCUCCUGCGGCCGGUCGAUGGCAGGUACAUAAGCUACUGCCCCCCCGGCUGGUCCUACUACAAGCUCAGCUGCUUCAAUUACUUCCCCGAGCCCAUGACCUGGGAAGAUGCAGAGAGCCGGUGCGAGGAAAUCCAGAAAGGAGCUCACCUGGCCUGGGUUGAGAGUGCCCAGGAAGCAGCGACCCUGCAGAAAGUCAUCUCCCACUACCAGCGUGUGCAGCCCGUCUGGAUUGGGCUCCAGAAGAACAAAGAGAGCCAGGUGUGGCAGUGGACGAACAGGGAGGAGUACAGCCCGGACAGGCAUGUGUCCGGGAACGGGGCCCGAGGGGGCAGCUGCGCAGCGCUCACCCACGAGAGCGGCUUCUCGGUGUGGUCCAGCGCCGACUGCUCCCAAAGGCAUCACUACAUCUGCAAGUUCUACCCCUUGCACUGAGCGCAGCGCCGCCGGCCUUCCUCCCCUGCCACCUCCCUCUCCUUCUCCUCAACUCCUAUAAAUAUAUGUUAUAAAAAAAGAGAA